GACAAUACAAUAACCAACAAAACCGACGAUAUUCAGUGGGCGCCCCAUUCAUUUGUCUCAAGUUGAACCAAGAGAAAGUUCUAAACGAAACACCCCCACCCACACACUCACCUCCCCAUUUGCCCACCAAACAGAGUCCUUUGACAUUUCAAUGAAUUAAUUGCAAAACAAUACACCCACCGUUUUGUUAUUUUUCUCCACCAUAAAACCAGUCUUCCCUCUCUUCUCUCCAAUUCUGUACAUUUCAGACCUUGCCAAAACCCUAGAUUUUUUUCAUGGAUUCUCGAUUUUUGCUCACUCUGUCUCUUUGUUUCCUUUGCAUUUUCCCUCAUCUCUCCUAUUCCAGAAGUCGCAUCCCAAUAUUGAUCGAGGAGAAGAAAACGGAGGGAUCGGUGCUUAGACUGAGAAGAGGCGCUUCUUCUGCUACCUUCGAUCCAACUCGGGUCACUCAACUCUCGUGGCAUCCCAGGGCUUUUCUUUAUAAGGGUUUUCUUUCUGAGGAGGAAUGUGAUCAUCUAAUCGAGAUUGCAAAGAAUAAGCUGGAGAAGUCUAUGGUGGCUGAUAAUGAGUCUGGUAAGAGUAUAGAGAGUGAAGUCCGGACAAGCUCCGGAAUGUUCCUUCAGAAAUCUCAGGAUGAAGUAGUUGCUAACAUUGAGGCCAGGAUUGCUGCAUGGACCUUUCUUCCAAUUGAGAAUGGGGAGUCCAUUCAGAUACUGCACUAUGAACAUGGCCAAAAGUACGAACCGCAUUUUGAUUAUUUUCAUGACAAGGCUAACCAAGAAUUGGGUGGCCACCGUGUUGCCACUGUGUUGAUGUAUCUCUCUAAUGUUGAAAAGGGUGGGGAAACUGUCUUUCCCAAUACGGAGGCGCAAAUGUCUCAAUCUAAGGAUGAUGACGCGUCUGAUUGUGCUAAACAAGGCUAUUCAGUGAAACCCUACAAGGGUGAUGCCUUGCUGUUCUUCAGUCUUCAUCCUGAUGCAACAACUGAUCCAAGCAGCUUGCAUGGGAGCUGCCCUGUCAUUGAGGGUGAGAAAUGGUCUGCAACCAAGUGGAUUCAUGUGAGAUCCUUCGAAAAGUCACUAAAGCAUGCAGUUAGCGGGGACUGUGCGGAUGAGAAUGACAACUGCCCCCUAUGGGCCAAAGCUGGUGAAUGUGAAAAGAACCCUACAUAUAUGGUGGGUUCGAAGGGUCUUCCUGGGUUUUGUAGGAAGAGUUGCAAUAUGUGUUCAUCCUAGGGAGGUCAAUAUUUGCAGUUAUUUGGCUUCUUGGGUCUAUACAGAGGGGUUAAUGCUUUGUUGUAUAUAACAUCGAGCUCGGCCAUAGUGAGAUAUAUAUGUUAGAGGUGCUGCCCGGAUUAAACUUUUAUAGUAUAUUCAGUACUUGAGCAGUUUACUAUCACAAA